CCCCCCCCGGAAUAACAAAAUGAUAUUUUAUUAGUUAAGUAGUUGACAUUCAUGGUUAUUACAUUUCUCAGAGUUAUUAAACAUUCUCUUUGAUUUGUCAUUCAAGUUAAGUCUGCUGUGUUUUAAUAACCUACUAAACGACUUCAGUUUGAAUCAUUUUGGCCUCAAGCAAUAUUCAAGAUCUUCCUAUGUCUUGAGAGAGAUUCUGUGGGUGUAGAACUUUGUUAAUUCCUGUUUGUUUUAUUUCUAUUUCUUUGAGUCUUCAUCUGUUCCUUGUUUUUACCUAUUAGCUGAACUACAAGGGGCUUUAAAUAGAGUUUUUCUUGUUUACCCUUUCAGGAACCUUCCAAGAAUAUUUCUGCACCAAAACCCCUGCAGUAACUGCACCUUACAUCGUUUCAAGUCAGCUGAGCUAUAUCAAUCCAAGCUCAUAACAGCAAUAAAAGCCACAAUAAGUGGUGUUUGCUGAGAAUUCAUUAAUGGUUGUGUCCCUUCAGUAAAAUACAAAGCAGCUUCAUUUCACUGUGAUCAUCAGACCUUAACAGCAGCUUGCUGGCCUGAGAAAUCAUGUUGUCUUACUCAUCCUACAUCCUGAUAGCACUGGCUGCUUUGUUAGUGACUUGCCAUGCGUUGAGUAAAUGUCCAGGAAUUUCUGGGCUACCUGGUAUCCCUGGAAGGGAUGGACUGAAAGGUCUGCCUGAUUCUCUGGCCAGCAAACACCACAAUGCUUUAGCAAAUUUGAGACACCGACUUUUCCAACUCGAGGCUGUGCUUGCUUUGAAUGGGAAAAUAAGAAAAGUAGGAGAGAAAAUACUUGCUAGCAAUGGGAAGAAAGUUGACUUUGCAUCUGCACUGCAAUCCUGUGAAGAGGUUGGAGGAACUCUUGCAGCUCCCAAGAAUGAGGAGGAGAAUAAAGCUAUUAUGGACAUUGUGAAACAGUAUAACCAAUAUGCUUACUUGGGCAUUAGAAAGGGGGAGACUUCAGGUCAGGUUAAGUCUAUAAAUGGCCUGCCUCUGAGUUACAGCAACUGGCACCAGCACGAGCCCAAUGGCAAAGAGAAUGAGAAAUGUGUGGAGAUGUACACUGAUGGCACCUGGAAUGACAAAAAAUGCAAUAUGUACCGUCUCACAAUCUGUGAAUUUUAAAGAAUGGCCUUUCAGCCACCUCAGAGUAUGGAGAUAAUGAAGUAUCUGUGUUUCAGGUUGAUUAAAUUUCUGCAAUUUCUCUGUAUCCUAAAAUAUAAGAUUAAUCAUAAUUGUGUUAUUUUUUAGCCUUAGGAAAAUGCCAAAUGUACUAGGUGAUUAACAUGAUUAAA